AUGCCGAGUGAACAACACCUCGACCACGCCAGCGACUUUAACACGACAGGUACCGAUACGCUCCUCCGGUCGAUCCUCGACAGCGUCGUCACCCAAGGCAAAAGUACCUGGGGUGACGACGGCGUUGACGCUGUUGUCCGCAUUUCCUUUCCGCUGCAUCCCGAGCAAGCCGCGACGCUCAAGGCCGUCUGCACCAUCUCGCCGUUUGGCCGUGGUCACGACACGGUCAUCGACACGAAUGUCCGUCGCUGCAUCGAGGCAACCGCCGACAAAGUUCACUUGUCGCCGGCGUGGACGGCUGCCGUCAACCAGUUGGUCAUUGACGCAUGCGAGAAAUUCGGUCUUUCGUUCCCUGUCGACGCGCACUUGUACAAGCUGCUCUUGUACGAGGCGGGUGACCAGGACACGGAGAAGUAG